GAAAAAAGGGGGAAAUGCCGCGCCUGCAGCAGAAAUGGUUGAACUCCCGAGAGUGUCCUACACUUAGGAGAGAAGCAGCCAAGGGGUUGUUUCCCACCAAGGACGACCCGUCUGCGUGCACGCGGAUGAGCCCAUCAGACAAAGACAUACUCAUUCUCUGCUGCAAACUUGGCAUAGCUCUGCUUUGCCUGGGGCUAUUGGGGGAAGUUGCGGUUCGUGCUCGCAGGGCUCUCACCCUUGAUUCUUUUAAUAACUCUUCUGUGCAAGAUUACAAUCUAAACGAUUCGGAGAACUCGACCUUCCUCCUGGGGCAAGGACCACAGCCAACUUCCUCUUACAAGCCACACCGACUUUGUCCUUCAGAAAUAGAAAUAAGAAUGCUUGCUAAAAAUUAUAUUUUUACCAAUAAGACCAACCCAAUAGGUCGAUUAUUAAUCACUAUGUUAAGAAAUGAAUCGUUACCUUUUAGUACUAUUUUUACUCAAAUUCAAAGGUUAGAAAUGGGAAUAGAAAAUAGAAAGAGACGCUCAACCUCAGUUGAAGAACAGGUGCAAGGACUAAGGGCCUCAGGCCUAGAAGUAAAAAGGGGAAAGAGGAGUGCACUUGUCAAAAUAGGAGACAGAUGGUGGCAACCAGGGACUUAUAGGGGACCUUACAUCUACAGACCAACAGAUGCCCCGCUACCAUAUACAGGAAGAUAUGAUUUAAAUUUUGAUAGGUGGGUCACAGUCAAUGGCUAUAAAGUGUUAUACAGAUCCCUCCCCUUUCGUGAAAGGCUCGCCAGAGCUAGACCUCCUUGGUGUGUGUUAACUCAAAAAGAAAAAGACGACAUGAAACAACAGGUACAUGAUUAUAUUUAUCUAAGAACAAGAAUAAACGUUUGGAAAAAGAUUUUUCAUUAUACCAAGGAGGGGGCAGUGGCUAGACAAUUAGAACACAUUUCUGCGGAUACCUUUGACAUAAGGUAUAAUAAAUAACCUUUAUGAGCCCAACCUUGCGGUUCCCAGGGUUCAAAUAAGUUCUUGGUCACAAACUGUUCUUAAAACAAAGAUGUGAGACAAGUGGUUUCCUGACUUGGUUUGGUAUCAAAUGUUUUGAUCUAAGCUCUGAGUGUUCUAUUCUCCUAUGUUCUUUUAGAACUUAUCCAAGUCUUAUGUAAAUGCUUAUGUAAACCAUGAUAUAAAAGAGUGCUGAUUUUUUGAGUAAACUUGCAACAGUCCUAACAUUCACCUCUCGUGUGUUUGUGUCUGUUCGCCAUCCCGUCUCCGCUCGUCACUUAUCCUUCACUUUCCAGAGGGUCCCCCCGCAGACCCCGGUGA